AUGCUAAAACUUUUUAGAUUUGGCGACGAUAUUGCCUGGGUAAAAUGGGAAGAUGCAGUGGAAACGGCGAUGGAAUUGAACAAACCGAUCUUUCUUCUGAUCCAUAAGUCAUGGUGUCAUGCAUGUAAAGCAUUGAAAAAAACGUUUCAACAGUCAAAUGCAAGAAAAGCAUUCAAAAAACUUUCUGAAUAUUUCGUUAUGGUCAACACGGAAGACGAUGAAGAGCCAUACGAAGAAGAGUACCGACCAGACGGCAAAUACAUUCCUCGACUUUUAUUCCUCGAUAAAAAUGGUGAUCUUCUUCCUGAGUUUAAAAAUAAGAAAGCUGAAUACAAAAACUACGCAUAUUAUUACUCAUCUCCAGCCGAUGUCCUCAAUUCGAUGAAAGACGUUUUGAAGUUCUAUGAUAUUGAGGUCAGCAAUACUUGUUACCUUCAACUCUUUUCCAACCAAGGGUUAACAUAA